AUCUGUUGUUUACGUUUGGCGUUCGGUUUGGCAGACGCUGUUUCAAUUACGCCGGACAUUCAAUUCUCGCACAUCGCUUACAAAAAAUAGUUAAGAAAGUCAAGAAUUUUUUUCUGAAUUUUAAUCAAACACGAAUUCGGUACACUUGGUUUUAUAGUCGUUACAAAGUGUGUUCUCAUCGCAGGGUCAGAACGCUAUGGAAAAUCAAAAUUGUGACACUGGAAGGAAAAGAGCGUUGAUUACGGGUAUAACCGGCCAGGAUGGAUCUUACUUAGCUGAGCUGCUUUUAGAAAAGGGCUAUGAGGUCCAUGGGAUCAUACGGAGAGCCAGUACAUUUAAUACAGGUCGUAUAUCUCACCUUUACAAAAAACCAUUAGAGCACACUGGUGGCUCAAUGAAGCUACAUUAUGGGGAUAUGACUGAUAGUAGCUGUCUAGUAAAGCUCAUUGGAACCAUUCAGCCUCAUGAAAUUUAUAAUCUAGCCGCCCAAAGUCAUGUUCAGGUAUCUUUUAACUUAAGCGAAUAUACAGCUGAAGUUGAUGCUGUCGGUACACUUCGAUUGCUUGAUGCCAUUCGCACUUGUGGAUUGGAAAAAUCAAUUAAGUUAUAUCAAGCAAGUACAUCAGAGAUGUUUGGACUUGUGCAAGAGACACCCCAGAAAGAGACAACUCCAUUUUAUCCACGGUCACCAUAUGCAUGUGCAAAACUCUAUGCAUAUUGGAUUGUUGUAAACUAUCGAGAAGCAUAUUCCAUGUUUGCUUGCAAUGGAAUCCUCUUUAACCAUGAAAGCCCUAGACGUGGAGAAAAUUUUGUCACCAGAAAAGUGACUCGAUCUGUUGCUAAAAUUCAUUUGAAUCAUAUUGAAUGUUUUAAGCUGGGAAAUUUGGAUUCUAAGCGUGAUUGGGGACAUGCCAAAGAUUAUGUGGAGGCAAUGUGGAUGAUGCUACAACAAGAGAAACCAGAGGAUUUUGUCGUUGCCACUGGAGAGGCACACAGUGUGAGAGAAUUUGUUGAGGCAUCAUUUGCAUAUGUUGGCAGAGAUAUUGAGUGGGAUGGUGAGGGUUUGAAUGAAGUUGGGAAAGAAAAGGCUACCGGGAUUGUGCGUGUGAGAGUGGAUCCAAAGUAUUUUAGACCAACAGAAGUGGAUUUUCUCCUUGGUGAUGCAAGUAAAGCAAAGAAAUUUCUGGGCUGGAAACCAAAAGUUACAUUUCAGGAAUUAGUAAAAGACAUGAUGGAUGCAGAUUUGGAGUUGAUGAGAAGAGAUCCCACAGCAUGAUAAAUGCUGUUUCAGUAUUGCAUUUAGUUAUUCAGUUUGAUGCAUCUCACUCAUCAUUCCACUAUUUCUAGACCAAAUCAGGACUGUAUGGAAGCUGUUGUCUAUCAGAAAAUGCUUUUAUUUCAAAGACAAUUCUUCAGUUAUGAUUGUAUGUUUAAUUAUUCUAAUUUCUAAAAUGUUCAUGGAGAUUAUUAUCUUUUGUAUUUGCUAUUUUUAAAGUAUGACUAUUCAACAGAGGUAUACUAAGUGAUUGUUGUUUAAUAUGUGUUCAGUGCAUAGAAUCAUUUCAGUUGAAUAUUUUUAAUGAUCUUUAUAUUUUGUCAUGUUAGAAUAUGUGAUAUAUAAUGUGCAUAUGUCCAAUCAUAAUUCUGACUGGACCCUUAUCAAGUCAGAUACUUCUGUGUCAUCUUGUAAAAAGAUUUUUACUAUCCUAAGUGCUAAAAGUUAACUAGUGUACCAGGUAUAGUUUUCAUUUUUACGUUGAGGCUUUAGGAUUUUUUGUGUGUAUGUACUACCUACCUGACCAUGUGAUGUAUUUAGUUUUUAACUUCACCAUUGUUCCUCUAAAGAAAAGAUUAUUUGAAUUGAAUCUCAUUAUUGCAGAUUUGUUUUAUUUUAUUUUUUUGUUAUUCAAUAUGUUUGAAUGUUUGGACAACCAUGAUAUCCUUUUUUUUUUUUGUUUUCUGUUUUCAAAGCACAAGAAAAGUACUUGUCUUCCCAUUUUUAAAGACAUUUUCAUCUUGUUUUGCUGUUGUUGAUUUUUGUGAUCUGUCUUUCUAGUAAUACCCUCUCGCUCCUUUGACUUUAUACUCUCUAUUUGUUUGUGAGAAGAACUUACCACCUGCAAAGUUUUCUGAGGCUAUUUUGAUAUCCUAUCAACUGCUCGCACGCAUAUAUUAAAUCGUUUUUCUAUACUCUA